AACAGACGAAGAAGAACAGCCGCUACCCUCCAGUGAUGUUGCUUGCUGCAACAAGCCCCUGACUGUACACAGCUGCUCAUAACUGGAGUUUGAAGUCGCUUUUGACGAUUUAUUUUCCUCCAGUCUCAACUCGCAUUUAAAUGGAGCCAAAUGGACUCUGCGACCUGUCGGCGGGGUCAAAAGAAAGCCAAUUAAAAAUGCGGAGUGACUUCUUCCGGCUUGGUUUUUAAAGAUGACGUUAGCAUGAGCUUUACGUGGCUUGAUAAUGAUAGUUAGCGGUGAAGCUCGCUACUCUUAGCUUGUUUGGCUCACGUUAAGUUGCUGCUGUUGAGCUGUCGAGUAUCAAUUAAUGGCGUUAAACAGCUAUGUAGAUUAACUUUGAUUAACCUAGUUGGUCAGCAGCAUAACAUAGUAGCUUCUUCCUGUAUUAGCAGUGGAUCUGAGAGACUUCACUGUUUAUGAUUCAUCUGGUGGUUUGAUGGGGCUUUUAAGAACCAUGAUGCCGGCAAAGUUCCAGCUUUUAUCUGUUUUGGCAUUUGGAGUGGCCAUGCUCUUAAUUGAGAACCAGAUCCAGAAACUGGAGGAGUCAAGAGCCAAGCUCGAACAUACCAUUGCCCGACAUGAGGUGGCUGAAGUCGAGCAGCGCCACAGUGAAGACGCUGGGCGGGAAUCGUCACCACUUGCAGAGAAAGAUGACAUGGUGAUCAUCUACAACAGAGUGCCCAAGACGGCCAGCACAUCCUUCACCAACAUCGCCUACGACCUGUGUGGGAAGAAUCACUUCCAUGUGCUGCACAUAAAUACAACCAAAAACAAUCCCGUCAUGUCUCUACAAGAUCAGGUGCGCUUUGUCAAGAACGUCACCUCAUGGAGAGAGAUGAAGCCCGGCUUCUACCACGGCCAUGUAGCUUAUCUGGACUUCUCAAAAUACGGGGCGACAGGCAAGCCCAUGUACAUAAAUGUGGUGAGGGACCCCAUAGAGCGCCUGGUGUCCUACUAUUACUUCUUACGUUUUGGAGACGACUACAGACCUGGCCUUCGACGAAGGAAACAAGGAGACAAAAAGACCUUUGAUGAGUGCGUGUCAUCAGGCGGGUCUGACUGCGCCCCAGAGAAGCUCUGGCUGCAGAUCCCCUUCUUCUGCGGACACCAUUCAGAGUGCUGGACUGCAGGCAGUAGAUGGGCCCUGGAGAAGGCCAAGUACAACCUGGUGAAUGAGUACCUGCUGGUGGGAGUCACUGAGGAGCUGGAGGACUUCAUCAUGAUCCUGGAGGCAGCACUGCCACGCUUCUUCAAAGGAGCUACCGAGCUCUACAGGACAGGAAAGAAGUCCCAUCUGAGAAAGACCACCGAGAAGAAGCCCCCUACCAAAGAGACAAUCGCCAAGCUGCAGCAGUCAGACAUCUGGAAAAUAGAAAAUGAGUUUUACGAGUUUGCGCUCGAACAGUUUCAGUUUUUGCGUGCCCACGCUGUCAGGGAAAAAGACGGAGAACUUUAUGUCCUGGCUCAGAGUUUCUUCUAUGAAAAGAUCUACCCCAAAGUGAACUGAAAGUGCAGCCAGAGACAGACGUGGGCUGCACGGGGACUUUCCACCACUCUCUUACAAGUCAUUUACACUGGGAGGAAGUUCACUUAGCGAUGCUGGUGAACACUCGACUGCUUUUUCUGAUCCUGUUCCAGUCCAGAACGUCCUCUUCAGACUGGACAAAGGACUUUCUACGAGGAAUGUGUCUAAUUUUUUUAUUGCCGGUGCAGCUGUUGAGAGAACCUAUCAUUGAUACAAACUGUGAGAAAGAAUUCCGACCCAGAGCAGGGUGAGAUGUUUGCUGGAUGUGAUAUAUCUCAAAACCCAAACACAAGCAGCCUUUGAUUCAUGAAGUCGUGUGUUUGGUUUUUGGGUGGAGCAGCGAGAUAAAAGCAGCAGACCUCAACGAGUUUAAAAGCAUAUUUUUAAAAAGCACAUAAGCUCAGACAGCUGUUCGGCUCCAUGUUGCGUUAUUUUAUUUCUGCACACUGCAUUUUAGGUGCACAAAUUCUUGUUUACACCUCUAAACUGUUACGAAACAAAAAGAAAAAUCCCAGCUGCAUUUGUACAUAGUAUAUCAACAUGCAGGGAACAUGUUUUUGGACCAAACAGUAGCAAAAGGAAACAGACCAGACCAUUGCAUCCUUUGGUGCGUGACUAUUCUUUUUUUACCCUUCUCUGAUGUUUUUAGACACGUUUAACACAUAGUAUCAGUAUUUUAUCACACAGAUAGGGAUGUGCAUCUUUGAUAGAACUGAUAGCUGCUGUUUGAGCCUGUGACAGGAGCACAGCAGGAGCAGGACAAUGAAAAAUGAGUACAGGGUUUACCAGAGCUUUGAGCUUGGACGGUGAUAGUGCCUUUUAUUACAAUGUUUGGGACAUUUUAUUUUGGCAUCUAGCAAUCAUGUUCUCUUUUUUUCUGUAUUCAUAUGAACUGUUUCUCUUCUGUUUCACACCCCAUUAACAACAUAAACACAAAUUCAUAACUGCAA